AUGAAGCUCUCAUUGGUUGCUGUUGCAGUUGCUGCUGCCUUCUCGUCGACGGUGCUGGCUCACUCGAGCUCACCGGCCGACGUGAACAUGCUGGAGAUGCGAGCUGCCAAGGGCAAAGGCAAGCAUAACAAGCACGAACACCCCAAGCAUGACUUUCGUCUGGCUUGUGUUUGCGAGCCCGACCGGUGUCCGACGUUUCUGCAGGGCAAGUCGCUGUGCGAGUGCAAGGCAGCCCACCUCGAGGGGUGCUACUUGAAAUCGCAGAGAGGAUGCCCAAAGCCCUCGGCUAAGGAGGAUCGCUUGGCAUGUGAAGCUAGCGGCCUAGGGCUGCCAGGGGUCGAGGAGAGAAGUUGA